GUGUGUGUGUGUGUGUGUGUGUGUGUGUGUGUGUGUGUGUGUGUGUGUGUGCAUAGAACAGUGGGGAUGGAGAGAGAGGUCCAGUGUUAGAUCCUGGGUGUCUCCUGGUUUAAGAUCCGGAUAGCCUCAUCCGGGAAGAAGCUUCUCCUCAUCCUCCACCUUCCUCUGCUUGAUUUGUGAAGAUAAAAACCCAAAUCUGGUUUGGCAGGCGUUCGUUGCUGUUUCCCUUUAAUGUUUUGAUGCUGUUCUACAUGCAAGCUGACCGCCUCCUUCUCCUCUUGCUCUCUUCUGCACCUGAAAAUCCGCAUCCGCAUGAGCUAUGGCACAACUCGAGGUGGCGCUCGUGCAGCUGUUUAUGCGCACUCUGAUUGGCCCGAGCAUCAGUCUGUCAGGAGGCGAGAAGUCGUCCUCCGAAAGGCACCGGUGAACGCAGGCACGGGUUUAGCGCGAGGGGAAAAGACGAAGGGGAAAUAAGCAUCAUGCCGGAGAAAGCGAUUUUGAAUGUCCAUGGGGAUUCUUCUUCCCAAGCAAUCCAUUACCAAAGCCAAGAGUCUUGGAACAGCCAUAUAUUUCAAGUAAGUGUGUGAUAAAUUAAAUGGCUCCCAUAAUGGAGGGCACACACACAGUGCUCUGUCUGCACAAACGAAUUGAGGAGGUUAUUUACAUCAGCCCAUACUUCCCCAAUAGGGGAGUGCGAGGCUUUACACGCAGAGGCCACACCUCUCAUCACUGCCAGUCACUGUUCACCAAUCAGCAUGACCAGAAGGUUGAAGAUCAUGCAAUGCAGAAACAAAAGACUCAGUCAAACAAACCAGCAAACAAAGUCUUGCAGUCCUGUGAAGCAACACAAUUUUUAGCUGAAAUUCACUUUCUGUCUGAAGAACAUUGGCAGCUGAUUGUGGAUCUCCUGUCUCUAUGUGGUGACUGUGCAUCACGAAUCAGAAUGGGCAACAAGGACGGCAAGCUACAGGCUCAAUUUGAAGGGCAUGAAAUACAUCCUGUUCAAAGUGCUAUCAGCAGCAACCUUCAGCAUACCAUGUCUUUGUCCCCAGAACAUAAGAGGCCUGCUUCUGGGGUUAGAAAAAUCAAGAAACUAGGUAGCAAGAAGAUGGACACUGCUGAGGAGUUCUUGCAGGCUAAAUUGAAAAAGAAAAUACAGCCCAUCACAGCUUCGGAAAUGUUGAACAAUUGCCUGGAUGCAGACUUUCUUGAGGCAAAUGAAAACCAAAAGUUGCUUGGAACCCCUGCUUCUGUGCAUGUACCACAUACCCCUGGCUCCGACUCCUAUGCCAGUGUCAGCAGUGAGCCACUUCUCACAAUGGAAGAACCCUAUCAGACAUCUCAGGAAGCCUGGGACUUCAUGGAGGACUCACGUCUGUUUGAGCCAGAGAUAGACCUCUGCACCGAAUUCACUGAGUUUGAAGACCAGUUCUGUCUGAGUUAUGGAGCAUUUUCCCGUUGUCUCACAGAAGCGAAACAGUACCAUACCCAUAGGGAGCAAAUGACCAAUGGAAAUAACAUUGCUUUAAGUGGAAAAACGAGUUCUGCUGGAAAAUACAAUUUGCAGAAUAAUUCUGGAGGUAAGACUGGAGUUAGUCUGUAUGAUAACAUGAACAGAAGAGACAUAGUUGUUGAAGUGGUGGCCAAACGUAAGGAAUUAUCUCAUUUCAACCAUGAAGGCAAAGAGAAUUCCGCUGACCUCAUUGAAGUAGGGCCUCAUACUGAUAAUGCUAGCUCUGCAUUAGGACAAAAUACUUGCCAAGUUUUGAGACAAGAAACGCUAAAUGUCCAGAACAAUGUGGAAUUAAAUGUUAGAGACAGACCUUCAGAAGCAAUGACAUUUCCGCUCAUCGAUUCUCAAAAGCAAACUUCCAACCUCAGGCCUAGGACCAAAAGCCCUAUAUCUCCUUCCCUUUCUGGAGUUUUUAAUUCUUCCUACCCUCCAUCCAACAGCCUUCAGAGUAUGUCCCCUAUCUUGUCACCACUGUCAUCCAAGCUGCCCAGUCCCCAGCUGAACCACCGCAUUGUAUUGCUGCCUAAAGAGGAUGGGGGUAAGGACACAGAUCAAGACAUGUGGUUUCAUGAAACAGCUGGGUCAUGGUUUAAAGCUGGGGACCAGCCCAAAAACCCAAUGGAGGCCACAGAUAAAAACGGAAACCAAAGACCUAUCACUAGGAUGGACCUAAGCCUCAGCAAACAGGGAUCUGGUAACUCUACAUGUAUCAACAAUGGUACAAACGCUUCCAAAAUUACAGAAGAGUGCCUGAGACAAGAGGAAAUGUGGUUGCUGGAUGGUGAAGGCGAUGGCGAGGACUCCAUUUCCCAUAAGCCUCUGUGUCGGGCCACAAGACCUGAUCACCUGGAAUUUUUAAGGAUAACACCGCCAGAUGAUGAUAUCAUUGGAGAAACAGUGUGUUACACAAAACACAAGUCAGGGACUGAGCUCUCCUCUCCCGGAGAAAGUGAGGACAGGACUCCCGGGAGACUUCAAGCAAUAUGGCCACCACCUAAGCCUAAUGAUGAAGUGGAAAAAGUGGGACUCCGUUACACCGAAGCAGAGCAUCAGGCUGCUCUUCUGCAAUUGAAGAGAGAAUGUAAAGAGGAAGUAGAAAAACUUCAGGCUGACUCCGAGCUCCGGGUGUUCCAGCUGCGGGGAGAGCAUGCGGUGGCUGUUACCCGACUGCAAGAAACCAUUGCUGAACUUCAGAAGGAUCGAGGCUAUACACAGAGCAAGGGAAAAGUGUGCGAUGCCUGUGUGUCCACUGAGGAUGACACAUUUCUCAAAACCUAUCGCAACGUUUGCAUCCAAACCGACCGGGAAACUUUUAUCAAGACGCCUGAAAGCGAGAAUGCCAAACCUGUUCAAAGCCUGCCUCGAAAACUCGACCUCGAUUCCAUCACCCAGAAUCUGGGCGUGGUGCCCGGAGCACCACCUCCACCACCUCCUCCUCUUCCUGGCCAACUGCGUGUCUCACCAGCUUCAGGCUCUGCACCAGCACCACCACCCCCUCCUCCUCCACCACCACCACCACCACCACUGCUACCUGGAUCAGUGCCACCACCCCCUCCACCUCCUUUACCUGGAGCCGGCGCUGCACCACCACCACCUCCGCCCCUCCCCGGAGCUGGUCCUCCACCCCCUCCUCCUCCACCACCUGGAUUGCCAGGAGCUCCACCCCCACCUCCACCUAUUCCAGGGGGUGGUCCACCACCUCCUCUGCCCACCUUUGCGAUGGCAAUGGAAAAACCACCCCGCAAACCAGCAAUUGAACCAACAUGUCCGAUGAAGCCACUCUACUGGACUCGGAUUCAGCUUCAAGACAAUAAUAACACGCUGUGGGAAUCUCUCGAAGAGCCAGAUAUCGUUGACCCAAAAGAGUUUGAAGAGCUUUUCUCCAAAGCCACAAUGCAGCCAAAGAAGAAACCUCUUUCCGACACAUAUGAGGAGAAGCCCAAAGCCAAGAAGAAAAUCAAGUUAUUAGAUGGGAAACGUUCUCAAGCCGUGGGGAUCCUAAUAUCCAGCCUUCAUCUGGAGAUGAAGGACAUUCAGCAAGCUGUUCUCACUGUGGAUAACUCUAUAGUGGAUCUGGAGACGCUUGAAGCUUUAUAUGAAAAUAGGGCUCAGAACGAUGAACUAGAGAAGAUCAAAAAACAUCACGAGAACUCCAAAGAGGAUGAAGUCAACCUUUUAGAUAAGCCUGAGCAAUUCCUAUAUGAACUGGCUCAGAUCCCGGAUUUUGCCGACCGAACUCACUGCAUCAUAUUCCAGUCAGUGUUUCUAGACUCCAUAGCGUCUAUCCACGGUAAAGUGGAGAUCAUCUCCAGAGUGUGUAAGGGUCUGUUGGAAGUCAAUAGUGUAAGAGACGUGAUAGGUCUUAUCCUGGCCUUCGGGAACUAUAUGAAUGGUGGGAACAGGACCAGAGGGCAAGCUGACGGCUUUGGCUUAGAAAUUCUUCCCAAGCUGAAGGAUGUCAAGAGCAGGGACAAUCGCAUCAGUCUGGUGGAAUAUGUGGUGUUAUACUACCUGCGAAACAUGGACAAGGAUGCAGGUACGGAUAAGAGUAUUUUCCCACUGCCUGAGCCUCAGGACUUCUUCCUCGCUGCUCAAGUCAAGUUUGAAGACCUCUCUAAAGACAUGCGGAAGCUAAAGAAGGAUCUCACAGCGUGUGAAAAAGAUGCACAAAAAGUGUGUGCCAACUCCUUAGAAGAACACCUUCAACCAUUCAAAGACAAAAUGGAUACUUUUCUCACCACUGCAAAAGCAAAGUAUGCGGCUGAAGAUGAGAACCUCAACGCUGCCCAGAAAAGCUUCAAGGAGAUGGUCACCUACUUCGGAGUCAAGCCCAAAUCUGGAGAGAAGGAAGCUUCACCUGACUACGUCUUCUUACUAUGGUAUGAAUUCUGCAACGAUUUCAAGAACGUAUGGAAACGUGAGAGUAAGAUCAUCUCUCAGGAAAGACUAAAGGAAGCUCAGCUGAAUGUAAAAAAGAUCACGGCUGAGAAGAAAGUGGAGACGAAAAAGGUCAACGCCAACAGUCUGAAGGAAAGGCUGAGGCAGAAAGAGGCAAAUGUUCCCUCCAGCUGAAGAAAAAAAAGAAAGUACAGACUGCUAAAGCAUUAUUUCAUCCAAUGUUAAGAGGGACAGUUUUGCCCAGGAGUAUGUUAGUCUAUUCUGCCAUAAUGUAUAGUAACGUACUGCUCACCAGAAAUCUGGAAGUCUGUGUUUCCCUCUUUUUGUGGACAUUCAAGUUCAAUCAAGAGUUGAGGGACUCAUCAGGAAAUGAGCCAUCUCCAUGUCCAUAUGAAGAGCAGAGACAUCUCCUGGUAAAGGUGCUCCUGGUCGGAAAAGGUUCCAUCGUACGAAUGAUUGCAAAUAUUUUGCAUUUCAGAAUCUCAGCUUGAUUUAAAAGAAUUUAUUUGACAAAUUAAAUCUCAAUGGAUAAAAAAAAAGAAAAGAAAGAAAAAGAAAAGACAGUGAGGUGAGACGUCCGCAUUCAUUCAAAGAACAGGACAUUUAUUAAAAACUUUUUAACAGCCAUCUUGUAAGGCUUGAUGCAUUUAAGGUGAAAAGAGAGAGACAGGCAGGAAGAGAGAGAGAGAGAGUGAUACACUUUGCCUAUAAAGGGUUUUUAUAAACUUCUAGGUCAUAAGGCUUUCUCUAUAUAUUUAUUUUCUAUAGAAUAUAUACAUUAGUGCAGACAGAAUGGCAGACUGCCAGAACUCGUCAGUCAGUAAAGACCUCACUUACACACCUCAAGUUACCAAUAAAACUCAGAGUUAGAGGAGAGAGAAAACCAUCAGUCAGAGGUUUUUUUUUAAACAGUUUUGGUCUCGUCUCAUGAGUAACGUGGUUUAAACUCUAUGUACCUACUCAGUCUCUGUAGGUGUAGGUAUACGACGGUCACAUGCACUUUCCUGCUUGCAGCAGCAGCCCUCGUGCCACUUCCUUUUUACUAGAUAUGUUUUACCUCCUCUACUAUGUCUCAUGCACCUCACUUGUAGUUUCUAUGCAAGCUCCUCGCUGAACAACAGUUAUGGCUCGUGAGAGCCAUCGUGUCCAUGUACAAUAUAAUAUAUUUAUUUUCCUAACAUUUUGCCGAAGCUAAUAUCCUUUAAAUGAUGUGUUGAAAAGUGAACAAAUUAGUGAACCUGUACCUGAAGAUGGAUAUGAAUAUA